CUAAUGGCUACUGGAGGACAUAUUUUACAUUUAAUAUACAGUGCAAACGCAGUGAUAAAUCAUUCUUUCUCAAGGCUUUAAGAAUUUCAGAAGAUAACGAGGGUUUUCAUCACUCAAUGGCCGGACAUCAAAAGACUGAAACUAGGCACUCAGUUCUGUCUCUGAUGGUGAUGUUGUUGGCAGCUCUUACCGUUCCCCUCGCAGCCCAAAGUCCUGAGGUCUUCUCCCUGACCACCCCUGAUGGUCCUGUUGGUACCCGAUGGAACUCCUCCGUCACUCUGCCUUGUGAACUCUCACCUCUCCUCAAUGCGGAGCCACUGGAGGUGCGCUGGUACCGGCCCGAUAACUACAACACACAUGCCUUCUUAUACAAAGACCACAACAUCCAGAAGGAGUCUAUGGAUAUCCAGUACCGGGACAGGGCGUCUCUAGCUGGGGGGCUGGAAAGGGGGAACGUGUCCCUGAGACUGGAGAGAAUCACUCUGGAAGACAGGGGGGAGUAUGUAUGCCAGGUUACCAGUAAACAGUGGUAUGAAAAGGCCAGUGUCUUCCUCACAGUAAAUGCUGAUGGAGGAGGAGGUCAGGUGCAUGUUACCUGUUCAUCAGAGGGCUGGUCACCACAACCUAUACUCACCUGGAAAAACAAACAGGGGACAGAGAUCACUAAUGGAGUAGAAGUACAAAAGAACAUGGAUUCUCAGGGGCUGGUGAGUGUCAGUAGUUGGCUGCUGUAUUCCCCUUCAGACUCAGAUUGGAUCUCCUGUACAGUCUCUCUUUCGGAGGAGAAUUUGGAGGGCAGAAUUCUGCCAAGGGUUCCAACACAGGAAAACUGGAGAUCAGCCUUCAUUACAAUACUCAUCAUUAAUGUACUAGUAGUCUUUGUUGUGAUUGGACUAUUCUUCUGGAACAAAAAGACAGAGUUUCUCACAUUCAAGAAGAAUCCAAACACAAAUGAUGAAACCGAAUCUAAAGGGGACCCAACAGCCCUGGGUCGGAGGACGAUAAACAGCUUCUCUUAA